AUGACCCGUCACUGCGGAGUUCUGUACAUCAUAUGCCUAGCCUGUAUAGUCUUGCUGCUCGACCAGUGUCUUGGCUGUGUACCAGGAAGGCACGAAGCUCCAUCGAAAGAGACCUUGGAGGCUUACUGGGUGCUCAAGAACGCGAGCGAGUACUCGCCCACUGCCGAAAAAUUCUUCUAUUCCCUGGUGCAUCUCUUGAACAAGGAGAUGGAUGGUUUGAACACUGGGGAGAAUGGCAGAGCCUCUUCGGACACUCUAAGAGUGCCUGGUAGCGUGAAUACCGGAGAGGUGUCCCCUGUUAAUGAAGUGGCACAAGAACAGCUGUCAGAUGGGCUGUGGCAGGAUGCGGGAAAUUGA